CUAAAACCGAUCUUUCCUACUAUACAAGAAAUAAAACAAAAAGUUUGCAGAGUUUGAGCUACUCCUUUUCCGUCUAACCUAGCAGCGCCAUUGUAUUUCAAGCACGCCACUGGUGCGUAACUCCGCGACGGCAGCCACACGCGCCGUGUUGUUCUCGUGAAAUACAUCUUAGGCCGCCGCCGCAACAGUUUUUUGCGCCACCGGCCAUUCCCCUCUGGACGGCCACGUACAAUAAGCAGUUGGCCGUUAUUAACUAUAUUAGCUGGCUAGUGAAGGAUGGUGGUUGUUUUAGCUUCAUCCUCUGAUGCUAAUGGUGGGAUUGGAUGCUGGGACCUUAACACAGGUACUGAGCAGAUCCGCUAUAAAUCAUUAUCUUCCCCUGGCCAUGGACUGGUCUCUGUUGGUGAUCGUUUUCUUGCAUCAUCUCAGCUCCGAGACGCAUCAACUUCCUCUGGUUCUGUUUUCUUCUGGUCCUGGUCCAAGCCUCAAGUCGAAGUAAAAAGCUUUCCCUCUGAACCUAUUACACCUCUUGCGGCUAAUCACAGCGGCACCUAUCUUGUUGGUGGAGGUUUGUCAGGUGAAAUAUACUUGUGGGAGGUUGAAACCGGCAAAUUGCUUAGGAAGUGGCAUGGUCAUAAUACAGCUGUUACUUGCCUGGUAUUUUCUGAAGACGACUCACUUCUAAUAUCUGGUUUUAAAAACGGAAGCGUACGAGUUUGGUCUCUCUUAAUGAUAUUUGAUGACGUGAGAAGACGGGAAGCAAGCCAGAUUUACGAGUAUAGUUUUUCAGAUCACACCUUAUGUGUAAACGAUGUUGUGAUUGGUUCUGGAGGGUGCAAUGCAAUUAUAGUUUCAGCAUCAGAUGAUCGGACCUGCAAGGUAUGGAGCUUAUCUAAUGGAAUGCUACAGAGAAAUAUAGUAUUCCCUUCAAAGAUUAAAGCUAUUGCAUUGGAUCCUGCUGAACAUGUCUUUUAUGCUGGCAGUGAAGAUGGAAGAAUAUUUAUCGUUGCACUUAACACCACAAAAAUUGCUACCAAUAAUCAAGUUUCGUAUAUCAUUGAUUCAUUUUCUAACCACAGCAAGGCAGUUACUUGCUUGGCAUAUAGCGCAGGCGAUAACUGUUUAAUAUCGGGAUCUGAGGAUGGAAUAGUUCGAGUUUGGAAUGCAAGUACUCAUAACAUUAUCCGUGUCUUUAAACAUGCUAAAGGACCAAUAACUAACAUUAUUGUCGUUAGACCCGAAAAUGAUUCAAGCAAUCAUAUGUCAUCUAAUUUACAAGCAGCCUCUAAAAAGAAGGGAGCUCAAUUUCCUCCUUUGGAAAAAUAUGCAAAUUCAAUAGACGGCGGACAUUCAGUUACGAAGACUAUCGUCAGUCUUGGUGAUAGCGAUAGAUGCAUGGAUGUUUCAUACCUUAGUUCUCAUGUGAUUUCUAAUUACAGUAAAGAACUUCAGAAUCAAGGUUCAGCUGCCGCUUCUGAAAUGGAGAUAGAGAAACUUAAACACGAAUGCCAAAAGUCUGCGCAGAUGGUUAAUCAAUGGAAGAAAAUGUAUGAAAACUUGCAUCAAUUUUGCGUAAAAGAGCUGGUAGAUGAAAAUAAGAAUUAAGUCGAGUUAUUCUAGUCAGUCAUGUUUUCGGUUUGUUUUUGUUGCUCCUAUUAUUAUAAGCAAUUUUGGUUUCUUAUUCGGCUUAUUGUUUUUUGGUUUGAGAAUCUUUGUCCCUUUUGUUGGGAGAGUUUUGGGAAUUUUCUGGUGUAAAGUGUAAACCACAUUGCCUUGAAUAUGAGUCACUUUUUUUAUGAAUCAUUUACUUAA